AUGGGUUACCUCUCCGAAUUGGUCAAAAAGGACCACAGGGAGCUGGUGUUGUUCCAUAACCAGAUUGUCAACGCGGACAACGAUAUCGACAAAAGCAGGUUUCAACACCAGUUCGUUUGGGAGUUAGCUCGCUAUGCUGUGGCUGAGGAACUGCUGUUUUACCCGGCGAUUGAAAAGCAUUUAGCAGACGGAAAAGAACGGACAGAGAAGGACCGCAUGGAGCAUAAAAAGACCAAAGACCAGCUGAUGGAAUUCGAAUCCAUGAAGCCGACGGACCCAAACUUCGAGCCAACAAUCAACUCUAUCAUGAACAACCUAUCUUCACCCAUUAAAGAGGGAGAAGACGAUAAUCUCACCGCUCUCGAGAGCGCCAUCAGCAUUGAGGACGACGAAGAACUUUCCGAAUCCUUUAAGCGCACAAAGAUGUUCAUACCCACGCUCACUCACCCUGCGGCCAAACCCCCCAACCCACUUCCUUUCGAGUCACCCAUUGGGCUCUUGACCACACCCAUCGACAAACUUGGGGACAUGUUCCGCAGGCUUCCACCCCACCGCCGCCAUUGA